UUUUUUUUUUUGAAGUUUCCAGCAGAAAAAUAAAAAUUAAAGCUUUAACUGAUUGGAAUUUUUAAAUUUGUCUUUUUUAUUUGGUGGGGUGUUUUUUUUCGGGAUUAUUGUUAGCAGGACGAUGUCGUCGUCGCCGGACAUUGCCGGAAUCUUGGAUAAUACGAAGGAGCUUGAUCGGUUAAGGAAAGAACAAGAAGAAGUUCUUGUUGAGAUCAAUAAGAUGCAUAAGAAGCUUCAAGCUACGCCGGAGAUAGUUGAGAAGCCUGGUGAUACUUCAUUGUCAAAGCUUAAAAAUUUGUACAUUCAAGCAAAAGAGCUUUCAGAAAGUGAAGUAACCGUUUCAAACAUUCUGCUCAGUCAGUUGGAUUCUCUGCUUCCAUCUGGACCAACUGGGCAACAACGCAGAAAAUUAGUGGCAGAAGGCAACGAACAGAAGAGAAAGAGAAUGAAAGUAGAUUCAGAUGUAAGAGUUUCUCCCUCCAUGAGAAAUCAAAUCGAGGCAUAUGCCAGUCUAAAGGGUGAACAGGUUGCUGCAAGAGUCACAGCUGAGGAUGCCGAAAAAGACGAAUGGUUUGUGGUGAAAGUUAUUCACUUUGACAGAGAGACAAAAGAAGUUGAAGUACUUGAUGAAGAGCCAGGAGAUGAUGAAGAAGGAGGUGGCCAGAGGACGUAUAAACUAUCAAUGUCAUGUAUUCUACCGUUUCCAAAACGGAAUGAUCCUUCAACUACACAAGAGUUUAUACCAGGGAAACAUGUCUUAGCUGUAUAUCCUGGAACCACAGCCCUCUACAAGGCAACUGUAAUAAGUACCCCAAGAAAGAGGAAGUCUGAUGAGUACUUGCUAGAAUUCGAUGACGAUGAAGAAGACGGAGCAUUACCUCAAAGAACAGUGCCAUUCCACAAAGUGGUAGCUUUACCAGAAGGCCAUCGCCAGUGAUUUCAGAUGGAUACAACAAAAAUAAGAGACUAACUAUUUGGGGCCAAAGCAUAAAUUAAGAGCUGUUUGUCUUUGUUUGUGUUCAAAUGGGAUGAUUUUGAAGAAUAAAAAGGUAUUUUUUCUCUCUUACUGUUCUAUUUGUGGUAAAGCUACUCUAGUUAAAUGUAACAUUUGAAUGUGUAAAUAUGUAUGGAACCGUGGGUAAUGUAUGUAUCAUAUUAAGACACAAUUUUUAAAUCUACAACAUUUUGUUUGUAUGA